AUGUGUGGCUAUAUGGUGGAUAAGUUUUGGGACACAAGGCCGUUAUAUUCCAGUACUCUCAACCAAAUGAAAGCCUAGAGAGAGAGAGACUCCAAUGGCGUCCACCGUCAUCUCUCCACCGUUCACCGCAUCAUUUUCUUCUUCAACGUCUCUCUCAUCGCACCCCAAAGCCUCUGUUUCUCCUCUCUAUGUCCAUUCCUUAUCAUCUUCCAUACUCGGUUCAAGAAUUACCGUCAACAGAACAUCACCAACAACAAGAAGUUCUAUGACCAAAAGCAGCACCAGAAAUCGAAAUGGAGUGAAAUGCUCAGCUUCCUCUCCUUCUGUUCUUCCCUCUGCUCUCCUCUUUGACUGCGACGGCGUGCUCGUCGACACAGAAAAAGACGGCCACCGGAUUUCUUUCAAUGACACUUUCUCAGAAAGGGAAUUGGGUGUUACCUGGGAUGUGGAGUUAUAUGGCGAAUUGCUCAAAAUUGGAGGUGGAAAAGAAAGGAUGACAGCCUACUUCAACAAGACGGGGUGGCCGGACAAAGCUCCAAAGAGCGAAGAAGAAAGGAAGGAAUUUAUAGCUGGACUUCACAAGCGAAAGACGGCGUUGUUCAUGGCCCUUAUUGAGAAAAAGUUGCUGCCUCUUCGGCCUGGCGUUGCAAAGUUGAUUGAUCAAGCUUUAGCAAAAGGAGUCAAAGUUGCUGUGUGCAGCACUUCUAAUGAGAAGGCGGUCUCUGCAAUAGUUUCAUUCUUGCUGGGACCUGAGCGGGCAGAAAAAAUCCAGAUAUUUGCAGGAGAUGUUGUUCCUCGUAAAAAGCCUGAUCCAGCCAUUUAUACAUUAGCAGCCAGCACUCUGGGUGUUGAACCUUCAAGUUGUGUUGUAGUUGAGGACAGCGCAAUAGGUCUUGCAGCCGCCAAAGCUGCUGGAAUGAAGUGCAUUGUGACAAAGAGUGGUUACACAGCCGACGAGGACUUCCUAAACGCGGAUGCAGUUUUUGAUUGCAUUGGAGACCCUCCCGAGGAACGUUUUGACCUCGCAUUCUGUGGAAGUCUUCUCGAGAAGCAGUGUGUUAGUUAAGCAAAUGUAAGUUGUAAUAACUGUGAACCUCUAGUUCAAUUUAAUAUGUUCUUCCCAUUCUAUGGAGAUCACCCCCGAAUGUCAUGUUAGGAAUAAGAGAUCAGAGCUGUCAAUUUCCUAGUUUAGCCAAUUCGGUUAAUAUUUAUAUUAUUGUAUAUUGAUUCUUGCAUAGGGUUGAAGCCCAUUUGCAUGAAUUUUUAUUUCUGCAGAAUGGUAGAUAUUGUAAAGCUUUAUUGCUCAGAAA